CCCUCUGUUUUGUUUAUACUCUCCAAGUGUUGGCGAUGGCCAUGGAACUGCGUGGAAGCAUGGUGUCUCCACUAGUCACUGGACGAGUUCAAGUGACAGGCUAUCAAAAGCUUGUGCAAGAUGCGGAAGGUUCGGAGGAGCCGGGAAGCGCUCACGAGUCUGAUGCCAAAAGGCAUGCAGAGAAGAGUCAAGCUGGCUCGGUGGUGCUUGAGAAUGACCUUAAAGCAGCAAUAGAAGUGAAAUUCUCUGGAGAAGUAAGUGUGAUUUACCCCAGUGACCACAAGUUUUUUGACACCACGUCAGAGAUGGUGAUGCAGGUUAGCUUGCGAGAUGAUGCAAGCAUCUCAGGCACCUGCCUGGUCUUUAUUGGCUUGAGCAGCUUGCGCGCGUCGGAGUCCUUUGGGUCUUUUGGCAUCGAAGUCGCUGAAUUCCUGCAGAAGGAGCAGCUGGAGGUGGAUCGAGAGCGUGAAUUGCAGCAGGAGCGAAAGGAGUCUAUGAAUCAUGUAAUCGAAGAAGAGAUACGAGCACAGGACAAAACAUGGUGUGCAGCUUUGCCGAUCCUCGCAUUCUGCGGGCUGCUUUUCUCGGGGCUGCUUGUGCUUUGCGUCUCUGUGGAGCCACAGGAUUGGGCCUCUGCAUUGAUGUUGAGCUUGGCGGUGAUGUUGAUGUUUUAUUGCAUGUUUGGUUGUUGCGCAGGAACCUUUGUAGGACUCCAACACUUGGCCUCUCAGGCGGCCUCUCACUUUGCCACAGCGAGAUUCUUGGCAGAGCUUGGUCCCUUGGUGUGGAUUUUCCUUGGUUUCCUUUGCCUGGCUGCAGCAGCUGUUCGUUACAUCCAUGCAGGCUUCUGGUGGAGUGCGCUGAUGCCUGGGCUAAUAUGCUACUGCGCUUCGACUUUCACUUGUUUGGGCGAGGAUCCCGCCAUUCUUCGUAUUGGCAGGGAUCCCCCCAUUGCCUCCGUGUUUAAGCGCAACGCGGCCGAACGGACCAUCGUUUUCCGUGGCUCGGUGCUUGAAGGAGGGGGCCCUUGUGUUGCCUCAUGGCCUGGGAAGUACGAGUCCGCUUGGGAUUCUUUGGUCCAAGGAAGUCGCAGGGGCUAUGUCAGCGCUGCAGUGGUCUUUUUGCCGGAGGGUUCAGAGCACUUCGGCCACCAUGACCCAAUCCCACUGGCGGAAGGCCUUGAGGGCAGUUGCUGGUGUGUUCCCUUGUAUGGGGUGGGGGUGCCGGUGGUGGACAAAAUGGAUGGAAAACAUCGAGAAAGCUGUUGCUAAAGGUGCCGAACUAGAAGUCUAUUAUUUCAAAGGGAUGGUGGGCAAAGGGAAAGUGAACCAUUUCCUGACUGCUGGAAAGGAGCACCUGAGACGUGACGCUAUUUCAGGCCAAAAGAAGGACUUCAUGAAGUCGCAAGGUUUUCUUGCGCUCAAAGACGAUCUUGAGCAUCUUCAAAAGGACCCCAGAGGAGACUCCACGUCCCAAUACUCACGGGAGGUGCAACGGCUCUUCUUGUCCUCACUUUCAGAGGAGGACCGCAGCUUCAUGGAAGCAUCAGAAGGUCUUGGGAAUUCGCAGAAAGCCGAGGUGGCAUGGCUCGAAAAAAAGGGCUAUGCUUACACCGAAGUAGAUGUGUCUUCUUGGAGCCAUGACUCAUGACUGAGUUCAAUGCCAUUACCCUUGCAACCUUUAUUUGAUGUCAAAGACAUCUUGCCAGAUCAAAACGACCGAGCAGAAAUGGUUUCGAAAAAAGAGCUGAACAAUUCGCUUUCCUGCCAGCUGGUACAAAA